AUGUCUGAGCGCAUACUGAGCACUUUUGCAAAGGCCAAGGCCGAGGGCCGACCAGUGUUUGUGCCGUUCGUGACUGCGGGCUUCCCGACCCAGCAGGCCACCGUCCCGCUACUCCUGGCCCUCGAGCAGGGUGGCGCCGAUCUCAUCGAGCUGGGCAUCCCGCACACGGACCCUCUCGCCGAUGGUCCCACCAUCCAGGAGGCCUCUGCCGUGGCCCUGGAGGGCGGUGUGACGCUGCCCAAGUCCCUCGAGUUCGUUAAGGAGGCGCGGGCCAAGGGCCUCACCGUGCCCGUCGUGCUCAUGGGCUACUACAACCCGUUCCGCGCCUUCGGCGAACACAAGAUCGUCCAGUCCGCCAAGGAGGCCGGCGCGGACGGCUUCAUCGUGGUGGAUCUGCCGCCCGAGGCCAGCCAGGACUUCCGCAAACACUGUCAGGAAUUCCAGAUGUCGUUCGUGCCGCUGAUCGCGCCCACGACGAGCAAUGAGCGGCUCAAGUACAUCAACACCAUCGCCGACAGCUUCAUCUACUGCGUGAGCUUGCUCGGCGUCACCGGCGGCCGCACCCAGCUCUCCAACGAGCUCGAAAGCUUCGUCGCUCGUGUGAGGCAGCACAUCAAGUGGCCGCUGGCGAUCGGGUUCGGCAUCAGCAACCGCGAGCACGUGCAGCAGGUGGCGAAGCUGGGCGAGGGCGUGGUGGUGGGUUCGCAGCUGAUCAAGGUCAUCCGCGAGUCGCCCGCCGACAAGCAGGUCGACGCCGUGCGCCAGGCCGUCGAGGCCCUCAUCAGCGGGGUCAAGUCCGACCUCCACCUCCCGGCCGAGGUCGAGCAGGCCCAGGCCCAGAUCUUCGACGCCGCGCUCCACGCCGGCCAGCACCAGCCCACCGAGCUGCCCUCGUCGUUCGGCAGCUUCGGCGGGCGCUACGCCCCCGAGACCCUCAUGGGCGCCCUCGACGAGCUCGAGCAGGCCUAUCUCAAGGUCAAGAACGAUCCGACGUUCCAGGAGGAGAUCCGCGCGUACUACGACUAUGUGGGCCGGCCCACGCCGCUGUCGCACGCUGACCGGCUCAGCCGCGAGCUGGGCGGCGCCCAGAUCUGGUUCAAGCGCGAGGACCUAUGCCACACCGGUGCCCACAAAAUCAACAACGCCAUCGGGCAGGCGCUGCUGGCUAAGCGACUGGGCAAGACGCGCAUCAUCGCCGAGACCGGCGCGGGCCAGCACGGCGUGGCGACGUCGACCAUCUGCGCCAAGCUCGGCCUCGAGUGCGUGGUCUACAUGGGCAUCGAGGACGUCAACCGACAGAGCCUCAACGUGUUCCGCAUGAAGAUGCUCGGCACCACCGUCAUCCCCGUCCACAGCGGCUCCAAGACCCUCAAGGAUGCGGUGAAUGAGGCGAUGCGGGACUGGGUGACGAACAUCCGCACGACGCACUACCUGGUGGGCUCGGCCAUCGGGCCGCACCCGUUCCCGACCAUCGUGCGUGACUUCCAGAGCGUGAUCGGCAAGGAGGCCCGCGAGCAGAUCCUCCAGAAGGCCGGCCGGCUGCCCGACGUCGUCAUGGCCUGCGUCGGCGGCGGCAGCAAUGCCAUCGGCACGUUCCAUCCGUUCAUCAACGACAAGGAGGUCAAGAUCGUGGGCGUGCAGGCGGCGGGCGAGGGUGUCCAUACGGACAAGCACUGCGCGACGCUGGUCAAGGGCACGCCCGGCGUGCUGCACGGCACGCGCACGAUGCUGCUGCAGGACCCCGAGGGCCAGAUCAAGUCCACGCACUCGAUCUCGGCCGGGCUGGACUACCCCGGCGUCGGACCCGAGCACGCGUGGCUGCUCGAGUCGAAGCGCGCCGAGUACGUGGCGGUGAGCGACGAGCAGGCCCUGGAGGGCUUCAAGGAGCUCACGCGCAAGGAGGGCCUCAUGCCGGCCCUGGAGACGUCGCACGCCGUCUACCACGCCAUCCAGCUGGCCAAGACCAUGAAGCCCGACCAGAUCAUCCUCGUCUGCAUGAGCGGUCGGGCCGACAAGGACAUGGGCACCCUCUCCGCCGCCCUGGGCGUCACCCUCCACUAA